CGCAGAAGAAGUUUGGUGGAGGGUACGGCGGCGGCUACCCCCACGGCGGCAAGCGGCGGGUCAACAGCCGCACCAGCCAGGCGCAGCGCGACGAGGUGAUCCGCCGUACGGUCUACGUCUCCGACAUCGAUCAUCAGGUGUUGAAAGAUGGUGGGAAAGGGUCGAAAGCACGCCGCGGCUGCUUCUUCGUCGGCGGGUGAUGGGAUGGGUACUUCCAUUCCUUCCUCGCCUCUUCGGAGAGUGUUGCUCUCUACUAUGCAAGGAGCGCCCCCCGUGAGAGGAGGUCGACCACCCGCGAAGCCGAGAGGCACUAAAGGUACACGUGGCCGCGGGAGAGGUAGGGCUACAUGGUCUCCGCCACCACCCCAAGCUGAUUCACCUGAGCACAGGAGGACUUCUAGGGUGGAUUCGUCUGAGGUGGAGGCUACACGGUCUCCGGUUCACGAGGCUCGGGUCGACGAGCCUCAGGUCGACGAGCCUUCGACCCACGAGACUCGUGUCCCAGAGGCUUCCUUCCAGGCGACUGCGGAGCACAGCAGGGAUGAGGGUACGUCCCAAGAGACCCAGUGGGAUGCCUGGCCUGAGCCAAGUGGCCAUGCUGGUAGCGACGAGGAGCUGGGUGAGGGGGCUACCGUCUACCAGCGUGGUAGUUCGGGGCUCCCGCUCGUGCCAGUGACCCCCGAGCAGAGGUGGUCGAUUAGGCCAAAUGGGGACAAGGGUUGGAUUGUUGCCAAGGGUGUCCGCAAGCCCAAUAGCGUCCUUGGUGUUCUUUGCCGUCAAAACUUCCCAGGGUUUGUUACGUUGCCCGGUCGGGAGCGAGAGGUAGGAAUGACCUGGGAUCACUACUUGGGUGCCCCGGCCCCGCCGGAGGUGGAGAUCGACGGUGUUUUGUGUGAAACGAGGGCGGACAUGGUGAUCCGAAAGUUCUGGACCUUCUACAGGUGUGAGGAGGGAUACGAGGACGACGCGGCAAAGGUUAUCGAAACCGAAUGUCGCCGCCUACUUCAAAACUUUCGGCACGAGGCUCGGGUGCAGGCUGUUCGAGACUACUAUGCCACGCGGCGUAUUAGGAUUGAUAAGGCGAAGUGCCGUGAUGCUAAGAUGGAGAAGGAGCAUUACAUGAAGGUGCCCCCGAGAUGGUGUGUGGAUAAGAUGGAUUGUUGGGAGGCCUUGGUGGAUCAGUGGUGCUCCGAAACGUGGGAGACCAGCCACAAAAACGCCAAGGAGAGGCGUGGCAAAAUGGUUGGCGUGCCACACCAUCAAGGAAGCGUCAACUUAAUCCAAUUUGGCGAGAACUGGGCGCGUCACAAUAAGACGGAGGCGCCACAGAUGUACGACCUGUAUGCGAUGGCCCAUACUGCCUCGUACAAGAAGGUCAAGGCAUUCACUGAGUCUGACCUCGAGCAUCCAGAAAACUUCACCAACAUCUCCUCCCACGACAAGCUCGUGAAGUACAGAGAUCACGGGAAGGCGAGGAAAGGGGAGGACUUUAACCCGAGCGAGGGGCCUAUUGAUCCAGAGCUGGUGAUGAUAGCUGGCAACGGGAGGCACCAUGGCUCGAUCGCCAUUGGAGACGGCCUUAUACGUUGUCCUAGCACUCUCCGGCAGAUAAAGGCACGCCAAGCGAGCUCUUGUCCGGAGAUAACACGUCGUCCACGGCCAGUCGAGCUCGCCAUCGAGGCUGCUAUUCAGAAAGAGAGAGAGGCAAUGCAGGCGGCUAUAGCGGAGAAGGAUAAGGAAAUUAGGGAGCUGGAGGAGAGGACGACUGCAUUGAUGGAGGCGGAGAGGGCACGGAAUGAUGCGUCUAACAGGGCCAUAUACGAGCUCUUCGUGUCUAUGUGCGAGAAGAACGGCCAAGUCCCUCCGCCGAUGCCAGUAAUUAACGUGGCGGGGACGAAUAUGUCCCGAAACGCAUCGCACGACCCUUAUACAGUUGAGCCUUCUCCAGGGCAGCCUUCUCCAGGUGAAACAAGCCAGAGCCACCGUGCUUCACCCUAACUUAGAUUACCUUCACUUCACGGGAAGCUUGGUUGAUGGAAUGCUUGAAGAUGAUUUCUUGUACCAUGGGUUGUAUUGAAACUAUUGUAGUAUAUGAAUAUAUGAAACUUUGUGAGUACGGAAUGGUUUGGUACUAUUGGUUGUAUUUAAACUAUUGUACCAUGGGUGUAAUAUAUGGUUUGGUACGGAUGUAACUUGCAUAAUAUGUAUGCACUAUGGAUGAGACUUAUUUUAAUAUGGUUAUGAGU